GCCAAUUGUGGAAUCAUUUGCCUUCGUUCCUGCAUUUUCUUUUUCUAUGUUCAUCCACUGCGUUGCUUUGCAGUAUAGUACUACAUUUUCUGAACUGGGUGUUGCUCUUUCUAUCAAAAUUCUGCUUUCUUUUUACCUAAUCGUUCUUCCCAUUGUUCACAUGGGUUAUUGAUCUGUUCUUGCUUUGGAAAAAGUUUGCUGUUGAUCUCAUUGGAUUGAAUGGGUAAAACAAUUCAGCUUUAUGGAUUCCCUUCUGGUGUAUUACAAGAAUCGGUUAAGGCGUUUGUAGAGAGAUUUACAGGCGAAGGAAGUAUAGAUGCCAUAAAUGUAAAACGUUCAAGGGGAAGAGGAAAGCGAUUGUAUGCAAUCAUCCAGUUUAUUGACGAUGUAGGUGCUAAGUUAAUUAUAUCUUUGGCUAAUGCAAGCCUCCGCUAUGGAACUUCUUAUCUGAAGGCAAGGGAGUGGAAGCAGGAUAUUCUACAAGAUCCACUAGUCUUUGAAUACAAUUUCAAAGGCUUAGAACUCCAUCUUGGUUGUCAGAUAUCAAGGGAGGAAUUUUUUGUGUUAUGGAGAGAGUCAAAUGUGUCUGUGAAUUUCGAGUUUGAGCGGCGUGAUCUUAAGUUUUUCAUAUCUCAUUCUCAUGCUGACUACAUGCUGGUAUUGCGCUAUGAGAACAUUUGGCAAGUUGAGCUACACAAGCCACCAGGCCAAUCUAUAGAUUAUCUUCUGAUUCAGUUAGUUGGUGCUCCGCGGAUUUAUGAGAGAGAUACAAAGCUUUUUGGACAUAUUUCUGAAGACCCCUUCUUGAGCUUUUCUAAGGAAAUGGACACCGAAUGGUUUCGAGCAACCGAUUUCACUCCAUCAUGCUGUAUUGGACAAUCUGGAGCUUUAUGCUUGGAGAUUCCUUACGGUCGCCUGCUCCCUAAUUUUCAUGAUAAAUUUGCUUACUUCAAAGAAAUAAAGGGUAAAUUUACACUGGCCAGCGGCUCUACUUAUUCGUCCAAUGUAAACUUGGUACCUGUAGUUAGACCUCCUCUGAGCAUCCACUUGCCAUAUGCCAUUUUGUUUAAGAUAAACUUGUUGGUACAACAGGGGUGUCUUCCAGGCCCAGCUCUUGAUAUCAGUUUCUAUGAGAUGGUUGAUCCUCAGAUACACAAUAUUGCCUUCAUAGAUCGUGCUUUAAGGAAACUCUAUGACUUGAAAGAGUGUUGCUAUAACCCUUCAAAAUGGUUAGGUGAGGAGUACAGGAAGUACUCCAAGUUAACGAAUCCGCCCCAGCCACCUAACUUGUCCUUAGAUGAAGGGUUAGUCUAUGUACACAGGGUUCAAGUGACACCUUGUAGAGUGUACUUUUGUGGUCCAGAGGUUAAUGUUUCGAAUCGUGUAUUGCGUCGUUAUCCCGAAUAUCUUGACAACUUUUUGCGUGUUUCGUUUGUCGACGAGGAAUUGGAUAAACUGUAUUCAACUGAAUUGUCUCCACGAGAAUCUUCUUCCUUGGAGGAUGGAAAGACGAAAAUAUUUAAAAGAAUCCUUUCAGUUCUGAAAGAUGGCAUUACCAUUGGUGAUAAGAAGUUCGAGUUUCUUGCGUAUUCUUCGAGUCAAUUACGGGAAAAUGCCGUGUGGAUGUUUGCUCCAAGAGAUGGGAUUACUGCAGCUAAAAUAAGGAAAUGGAUGGGAGAUUUUCAUAGUAUAAGAAAUGUAGCCAAGUAUGCUGCUAGACUAGGCCAAUCCUUUGGUUCAUCCACAGAAACUGCAAGUGUCAGUCGACGCGAAGUCGAGGUUAUUCCUGAUAUCGAGGUUAAAUCAGAUGCUGGUAUCAAUUAUGUCUUCUCUGAUGGGAUUGGGAAAAUAUCAGCUAGUUUUGCUAGAGAAGUGGCUAGAAAAUGCCGCAUCAGGCAUACACCAUCUGCUUUUCAGAUUCGUUAUGCUGGUUUUAAAGGUGUUAUUUCGGUCGAUCCAACCUCAUUCGUAAAAUUAUCGCUCAGGAACAGCAUGCUAAAGUAUGAGUCGACCGACACGAAGCUCGAUGUCUUAUCUUGGAGUAGAUAUCAUCCUUGUUAUCUUAAUCGUCAGUUGAUUACUCUUCUGUCUACACUUGGAGUUCAGGAUGAUAUCUUUGAGAGUAAACAAAAGGAAUUGAUAGAUCAAUUGGACACCAUUUUUAUGGAUCCAUUGAAGGCUCAGCAGGCCCUUGAGCUAAUGUCUCCGGGAGAGAAUACCAACAUUCUGAAGGAAAUAAUCUCGUGCGGUUACCGACCUGAUUCCGAACCUUUCUUAUCUAUGAUGUUGCAUACAUUCCGAGAAUCGAAGUUGUUAGAAUUGCGGAGAAAAUCUAGAAUCUUUAUCCCAAAUGGAAGAGCAAUGAUGGGAUGUCUUGAUGAAACUGGAAACUUAGAAUAUGGAGAGGUAUUUGUGCAGUGUUCUGCUCACCAGCAGCUGCAUAAUGAUCAUAUUAUCUUUAAAAGAAGCAAAUCAAAUCAACAUUUCAUCGUAACAGGAACGGUAGUCGUGGCGAAGAACCCGUGCUUGCACCCAGGUGACGUGCGUGUCUUAACCGCUGUGGAUGUACCAUCUCUACAUCACAUGGUGGAUUGUCUGGUUUUUCCACAGAAGGGACCAAGACCUCAUCCGAAUGAAUGCUCGGGAAGCGAUCUCGAUGGCGAUAUAUACUUCGUGUGCUGGGAUCCUGAUUUGAUUCCACCUCAACAAGUCGAACCAAUGGAUUAUACCCCCGUGCUUAGCAGAUUACUAGAUCAUGACGUCACAAUGGAGGAAGUUCAAGAGUAUUUUGCAAAUUAUAUGGUCAAUGACAGUCUAGGAAUCAUUGCCAAUGCUCAUACAGCAUUUGCAGAUAGUAGGCCAGAGAAAGCAAUGAGCGAGCCUUGUAUAAAGCUUGCAAAACUGUUCUCAAUUGCAGUGGACUUCCCCAAAACUGGCGUUCCUGCUUUGAUAUCUGCUGAUCUAAGAGUACAAGUAUAUCCUGAUUUCAUGGACAAACCCGACAAACAGAGCUACAAGUCACAUAAUGUACUGGGGAAGCUGUUCAGAAUGUUGGAUGACAUUGAACCAAGGAUUAGCAUCAAGUCCGUGAAGUUUACUCGGGAGAUAGCUCGGCAAGCUUAUGACCCCGACAUGGAAGUCGACGGCUUCGAGGAGUACCUCGACGAUGCGCUUUAUCACAAGAACAAUUACGACAUGAGGUUGGGGAAUUUGAUGAAAUAUUAUAAGAUCAAAACUGAGGCAGAGCUAAUCAGUGGGGUUAGUUUGACAAAAUCAUCUUCUUUUACUAAGAAAAAUGAAGCGGAAUCUAUCAUCAUGGCUGUUAAGUCCCUGCGAAAGGAGGCGAGGGGAUGGUUCAAUGAGAAUGCUGGCUUGCAUUUUGGACAUGACAACAAUGCGUAUGCAAGAGCUUCAGCAUGGUAUUUUGUUACAUAUCAUUACAGCUACUGGGGCUGGUAUGGGGAGAAGAAUGAAAGCCAUUUUCUCAGCUUUCCAUGGUGUGUUUACGACAAGCUCAUCCGUAUCAAGAAGCGCAAGAUUGGUGCUCGAGCUCGCCAUCGGUAAGUUUCUCGCACCGUGAAUCUUCAUGAAGUUUUAGUAUAUUUCACUUGAGUUAAGAACAACAAUCAACUUGGCAUAGUUGUGGCAGACACCUUAUUUUUUACUAAUCACUUUUAGCCUUCUUGCAACUCUUCCAUCCAAUGUUUUACUUCAAUAACUUUAUGAACGCACCGAAGAACACACCGAAGGACAGAAUAUUGACUCUUUGAUUA